AUGUUUGAACAAUUUUUAAGAAAUAAAACCGAUGAAUGGCAAUGCAAAACAUCUGAAGAAAAAUGGCUGUCAAUUUUUAAAUCAUUUAAAGAGAAUAAUAUUGAUUAUUCUAUGUUAUUAAAAAUUGUAGAAUUUGCAUUUGCAUUGCCUGGAUCUAACGCUGCAGUGGAGAGUAUAUUUUUUAUUGAUGAACAGUUGUUGGACAAAGUCACGAGGUAA